GUCCGUGACUCCCGGAAGUAGAACGUCCACAGCUGUCUCAACGCUCGGCAGCUGCUGUGGCCGCCUUUGUUUGGAAGUUCCAGGCAAUCUUCUGAGAUGGCGAACGCAGCCGCGCCUACAGCGGCGGUCCCCACCCUAGCUCCGCCUUUGGAGCAGAUCCGGCACUUGGCAGAGGAGCUGCGGUUGCUGAUACCUGCAGUGCGGGUCGGCGAAGCCCUGGAGACCUCCAAGGAGUUUAAUCCUGAGACGUUUUGGAGGAGACUCAAUGAGGCAGCUGUGAACGUGUCAAGGGAAGCUACGACUCUGACCGAAGUCUUCUCUCAUCUUCCACUGCCCUCUCCACAGGUGGGCUUUACUUGUUGGAAUUUUUGUGCUGCCUCGUUAUUCAUUAGGAAUCCAAUCAUUUUCUUUCCACCUUUUCCACUCAAGCCAGGGGAUUUAUUUUCCACACCUGUUAAAUAAGAUGGCAGUUCUCACCUCACAGGAUUGUUGUGAAGACCAAAUUGCCAAGUGCCUUCCUUACCUGGACUAGG